AUGACCUCAACAACAGCAACAACAACAUACACCUCGCAACCCCUCUACGGCGGCGCCAUCAAAGGCCUCAUCCCCAAAGGCUGGUUAGAUGCCAGUAACCUCCGCCAAAUCCCCGACCACCAAGAACUCUACCUCUCCCCGACAACCCUCUCGACCCUCAUCUACGAAAUAAACGAAUACGUCCCCGACAGCAAAAGUCAGGAAACAUUAUCUAAGCAUAGUGAUCUAUUUGCUUCUGCCACCGGCGGCAUCACCACCCAGAUUCAAGAUAGAGAAACUCUCGAUAAAGCCGCCAUCCUCUACCACAUUCUCGAUGUCCAUGACAGUGACAAUGUCAGCAAAGAUACUAUUCAAUUCCGCACUCCUAUCAUGAGCGUGCCUCAUCGGGACCAAUGGCGGGGAGGGAGGGUAUACACGGGGAGUGUCUCGUUGGGGUCGGCGAAUCCAGUUGCGAAGGAUGGGGUGCUUUGUCGAUUUGUGGUGGUGAGGUUGGAGGAGCAGGGGAGUGAUUUGGUGGUUUGGGGGAAUGUGCCUGUUAAGGAGUUUUUGGAGAGGGGGGAUGAGGAUGGGUUGAGGGUCGAGGAGGGCGUUGUUGGGGGGUGUGUGGAGGGGUUGGUUGGUGAUGAAGAUGGGUUUGUUGUUGUCGAUUGGGAUUUGUUUGGGUAG